AUGCCACUCAAUCAUCUGUACCAGUAUUCCCUCAUCGGUAGCUUGAUGCAGGGUGUGUGCGAGGAUGGAGUAUCCGCCGCCAAGGUCCUGACGCAGGGGACCCACGGCCUCGGCACAGUCUCUCUGUUGGACGGGGAGAUCAUCGUGGUCGAUAACGAGGCGUACCACUUCACCUCGACCGGCGAGGUGCGGACCGUCGCACCAACCGACACGAUUCCAUUCGCCAUGAUGACGGAUUUCCGGCCCACGAUGAGCAUAGGCAUUUCCGCGCUGGACCUGGCCAGUCUACCCCAGCAUGUGUCACCGCUCCUUGGCGACGGGAAGAACUAUUUUCUCGCGGUGCGGGUGGAUGGCUAUUUCCCCUCCGUCACCGUGCGCAUUAUCCCCAAGCGCGAGAAAGCGGACGAGGCGCUGGGAGAUCUCGCACGGCGCCAAACGGUUCGCUCGCUGUCGCACACGCGCGGCACCCUCUUCGGUUUCUGGUCGCCUGAGUAUACCGCGGGUCUCAGCGUGGUCGGGUUCCAUCUACAUUACCUCUCACAGGAUCGACGGGCUGGCGGCCAUGUAUUGGCCUUUGAGGCGAGGGAGGCGCAGCUGUCCGCUGCGGUGCUGGAACAGUGCCAUUUGGAGCUGCCAGGCACGGUGGAAUUCAGGCAGACCCCGAUCCAGGUGCCCGAAUUGGCUGCAGUCGAGAGUGCAGAGGGAUGGUGA